UAACAUCGUUCGCAAAGAGAAAGGGGCACGAUCUCGAACAAUGGUAAGGUGUUAUCAUUCUCAAUGAUACCAACUCCUGUAGGCCCCUUAUUCAGCUAAAAUAGGCUAGGUUUGGAACCCUUGUCGCAGCCCUCGAGAAGCUGGAAAAUACCUAUGUGGCACUCCUUGCUUGCGGGGCGGCAUACCUAAAAAAGAAAGGUUUAGGAAUUCGGUCAGGGGUUAGCGGUGAUUCCUCAGAAGGAGUCCUAUAUUGUCAUAAAUUACAUUAUUCUUCAUAUCCGGGGACUCGUGUCCAAGAAAGCGAGGUCCUUUUUUAGAAUAGUAUGAAUCUCUUUUAUAAGGGAAGAAAGAGCUGGGUUCUCGAGCCCGUAGUCCUUAACAAGCUCUUCCAUAAAGCUAUUUGUUCCUAUUUCCACCUUUGCCUUAGGAAACUCGGGGAUUCUUUCUUUUUCAAAGAGAUCCAGAUAUUUCGAAAUGUCAUUAAUGACAAAAGCCUCUUUCUCAUUAAUAACUGCCUCCCCUAACGAGCUCUAUCUACAAUGCAUAACUCAAGCCAGUAGCUCUAGUAAUCACCAAAUAGCGGAGGUACUCGGACAAGGAGUAUUGAAAUCCACUAGUGAAGCUGUUAACUAACUGAAUCGAGCCAAGGAAUGAUAGGAGUGGCCCAUUCGAAUGCCUCGGGUAGGGAAUAUCGAUUGAAUCGGUAACUACAAACGUUGGCGAAAGAAGCGAACUAACAGUGUUGGUCCGUCCUAAUAUUGCUAAACCAGUUAUUUCGCUAGGAGAGCUACUUUCCCUUAAGUGCUAAUGGUUGUAGACCUAGCAAAUGGGGAGUGGCUUCCCUUUAGCUAGAACUCAUACCUCGAAAGAGUACUUCAGCUACUAACUUAACUUUAAGCUCAUACUUGAAUGAAACACACAAACUGGGGGUCGGGCAUUGAAAGGCAUUGAAAUUGGAUAUUAGCAUCACUAUCGAAAGGAAAGGAGUUGGAAUAGUGUUUAGUGAGCGUACUCUGCUGAGAGAUAUGCCGUGGGGAACGACAAACUACCAACAACAGAGCAAGGGAACUCGAGUCUCCUAGUUGAUGUUCGUACUAUUCAUCGAUGGUGAACUGCUAACUACCAACAACAUGGGCAGGGACCUAGAACCAUUAAUGAAUAGCGAUGGGACUACGAAUAAUAGGCCCUAGUGCCUAACUCUAUCAAUAAGCCCUAGCUCAUUCCUCUCACGAAUAGCUCUUUCCGCUCGACUACCUCGAAUAAGUAGCUAGGAUCUCUAGCAAGUAGGCCUUACUAUGAACUCAGGACUUGCAACUCAAGCAAGUAGCUCCGCUCCUAGGUCAGUCUUUAUUAUCACAUGGUUCUUGCUCCUAGCUAAUUGAAAGCUCACGUGACUAUGGCUUGAUUUUCCUCAUUGGCUAAAUAUGUCGCUUAUAACUAAGAAAGCAGCGAAGACGGGUAGGGUGCGGCUUCACGUAACCGAAUCCUUUUCCGACUUGACAGCACUUGACCUUCUUCUUCUGAAAGUAAAGAAAGAGAUGAGAUUGAUAAGCCGACAAAGCCAAUGAGCCCUAACUAAAGUCCCAAAACGGUACCCUUUGCUGAAUUCCAACAGCACAAAGGAUGGAUUGUUCAUUAAAUGAGAAAGGUACCCCUCUAGGUCUAAGGUUUCGUAUCGAUCUAUAGACUGAUCUACCUCUACCUCUACUUCUACUUCUUAUGUCUCGCCGGAGCUGGAGGACAGAUGCGAUAAGUUGUUACCGUUCGUUUCACGAUUUGGUAAUUCCCGCUUAUGAUAAUUUUUUUCUUUGGAACCUGGGAAAGAGCGCCAAGAGCCAGAUCUACUGUAGUGAAAUGAAAAACUAGAUAGUCCUCAUUCCCCUGCCACGCCCCACUUGGAGAAAGAGAGGUUUUGUGACCGAAUUCUCGAGAGAACCCUUACCUAUCUCCCAUAGUGCCGAGCCUAGAGUGAAAUCCCGCGUCGCGGGUCUCCGACUGCCUUAAGCUAAAUAUACCUUGUUGGUUGAUUGGAUUGGACUUUUUUUCGAGAAAGUUCCCCGUUUUUGUUUGCAUCUCAAGUGAGUCUGCUUCUUCGUUCUUCGUGCGACUUCUUCUCCGUCACAUCUGGCUUUGAAUUGAGUGAGUCUCUUUCACCUAAAACAAAGGAAGCCCUCUUGCCCACUCUUCCUUCCCCGCCCCAUUUCUGGAGCGGGCCUCGCUGUCGCCUUUGGCUCGAGCUACGUCUACUUCCUCAAAACAACCCAUAGAUAUCCUAAUUAACUACCAAUUCCGAUUUACGCGUCAUUUUCGGCUUCACGCCUCCCUUUUUUUAAAUUCUCGAGUAAGAAAAGAAAGAAGAACCUUACCUCUUUCUGAACACAAACCUACUUUAGAUCCACUAGAAAAUGUAGAUCUACUAGACUACAAACAAAGAAGUUGGUAGCAACAGAACUUCCUCUAAACCACUAAAGCCAGUACCCCUAUAACAACAAACAAGGCA